AUGUCUUACAAGCUUAUUUUUGCCCACCUCACCUUGCUGUCCACCAUAUUUGCAUCUCCAACACCUCAAGGCCAAUCCACCGAAGAAGAGGCCAAGAUCAUCCCCGUCAUCUCCGGCGGCCUACCUUCAUGCCCUGACCAUCGUCCACCGGGAUCCAUACCAGACGGGACAUGCUACCCCUCCAUCAGCGUCACAGACCUCACCGCUCCCUCAGCAUGGGGUGCUUUGUCCAGCCUCGUCGAUAACGCGACCCAAGCACUUGUCCCAACCGCUUUGGGAGGCCUCAACCUCUCGGCAUGGUACCAAGCCUCCUGCGCCCAACCUAUCAGCGACGUCUGCAACUACGCUGGACGAUACGACUCGCAACAAGGUAGUAAUACGCCCUCGUGGGUUUGGGGCAUUGGCGACACGAACGCGACGCAGACUUGCCUAGUGGGCUAUUUUCAGCCGGUGGAUAAUGCGGUGGCGUAUCCAAGUACGGAUGCUUGUCAAGCGAAUAUUCUGGGGCCCUUGUUGAGGGUGAUGCAGCAGACGCCGACCGCAGUGGGGAGGAGGGUGAGUGUGAAUUUGAGUAGGUGGCCGGAUCUGCCUGAUACUGGAAACUUGGGGAAUAGAGUAGCGGCUAAGGUGACGGGUGGGGAUCAGGGUUCGGGGGUUAAUGGGAGUGUGAGCUCGUGGAUCAUACAGCCGUUGGUUCUUGCUCGCGGACUUGGUCGAUAG